GAAGUUUUCAGUUUGGUAGCUGGGUAAAGAGGUUUUCUUCACGUAUAUUCAGUUCUUAGGAUAAGGGCUGCAUGCUGUCAUGUUUUAUAUUUUCAUUUUGUCUGUUUUAUUCGUUUCGUCGGAUCUUAUAACCGAGGCAACUUGUUCUGAAGGGUCAAACGUCUUAUAUCAAGAGAACAUCUACUCUACCACACAAAGUGUUCGGCAACAUGUAUUCCUCAAAGAAGAGUUCCAUUAUUUAAAUGUGCCAGGAAUUGGAUUACAUAUGGUUUACGACGUCUUUGAUUGCACCUUUGAAUGCCUCAGCAAUCAUUUGUGCCUUUCUGUAAACCUAGCUGCCUCCAAAGGGGCCGACGGAAGGCUGUGGUGCGAGUUAUUGUCUUCUGAUAAGUACAGAAACUUCACGCAGUUCAAGGAAAACAAGAGCACUCAUCACUUUUUCAUAAAGGGUCGUUGUUCUUCUUCGCCUUGUCAAAACGGAGGCACCUGCAUGACAAAGUAUAAAGAUGACACGUUCGAAUGUCUCUGUAAAGCAGGCUUCACAGGAAAAUAUUGCCACAAAAGGCCUACGUCUUGCAAGGAAGCGUAUGAUUAUGGCGCCCUGUACAAGUCCAACGCCAGUCAGUUGGUUACCCUUAACCUUGACUCAAAACCAACUUCCAUUCUCUGUCACAUGGGGGAUUUUGGAUGUGGAGAUAGGGGAUGGACGCUGGUCAUGAAGAUUGACGGCAACAAGAACACCUUUGAGUAUCCCUCUGGGUACUGGACUAACAAAAAUGAAUACAACCUUGCUGGAGGGGAGACUGGCUUUGAUUCACAAGAGACCAAACUGCCGACCUACUGGAACACAUCCUUCUCCAAGAUCUGUCUCGGUAUGAAGGUCGGCCAGCUAAUCAAGUUUGCCGUCAUCAACAAGACUGCUGACUCGCUCUACUCACUGAUCGCUGACGGGCAAUAUCGCGCCACGUCAUUGGGUCGUGACAAGUGGAAGACGCUGAUUGGUUCUCAGGCCUACUUGCAGGAUAACUGCAACUCGGAAGGGUUUAAUGCUCCAACUUACAGUGGAUCUCAACGCAAAUCAAGAAUAGGCAUCCUUGGAAACAACGAAUUUGAUUGCCGUUCUUGCGAUUCUUUGAUCGGCUUUGGUAAUUUUUUGGGUAACACAUGUGGGGAUGGCUCGGUCGUAAAAGCCUUUGGAUAUAUCUUGGUCCAGUAAAUGGAACCAAACAUUAAGGGUGCACUGUCAUGACCUCGAAAUGUCAACAAGCCAAAAGCCUUAUUGACAUUAAUUGUAGCCUAAGCAAUAAAAGUUAAGCUUUGUAAAAGAUUACAAUAAUAGUAAUAAUAAUAAUAAUAAUGAUGAUAAUAAUAAUAAUGAUAAUAAUAACUUUAUUUGUAACCAUAGUAAACCUGUCGUGAAAACACGGCAAAAGUUUAAAAAAAAACUGUUGUUUUUACUAUCACCGAGGUUUGCCAAUUCUCUGAGAUCGUAAUUAGUACAAGUUAAGGACAAAACAGAAAACUUGAAACAGUGCGGAACAGUCUAUCACAUCAUAGCUAAUAUAGGGGGCAUUCAUUGUGAACAAUGUGACAGAAUAUGUUGGCGAAACUCCUUGUGAUUAGAAACUAGAGUAAAAGAACAUCUUUCGAGGAAUUCGUCAGCCAUUCAUUAACAUUCUAAGCUCACGGGACAUUCAGUAUAGAUUCCAGCAACAAAAAAAGUUCUUGCCACAGAAAACAACACGUUCAAACUGAACGUUGCAUAUGGGAGGCAAUUGAGCUCCGGUUACAAGGCCCUCUUUGAAAAAAGACAAUCUGUGACACUAUUUUAGCCCCCCUCUAAUGAACUUGAUAUAACUCUUCUUCAUAUUCACAUUUUUACUGUGGCUGAAAUUCGAUUGAGUCGACCGCAGCAUUCCACGUUUUUAAAGAAAAAUAAUUAUUGCGCUCUGACUACAAAAAAUUAUUUGAUAUUUUGACUUUAGUGUUGUAAAGCCUUUAGUCAAUUCAUUUUGAAAUAGUGUUUAGCAUAAACAGUCAAGUUGUAAAUAUUAAUUCCCACAAGUUCAUUAGCUGUAUAACUUAAUAACUAUCCUUUCUAGAUAUAGUUUCACUGAUUGAUUGAUUGAUUGAUUGAUUAA